AUGCCAAAGUCACAUUUAAGUCAUUUUAUAAAAUAAAAUUUGUCAAAAUUUAAUAUUUUGAUGAAAUAUUUCUUUUAGUUUAAAAGAUAAUUUUUUGAAAAAANAUUGCUGAUUAACUUGUUGGAAAAAAUAUAAAUAAUUUUAAUUAGUAAUAAGAAGUGGUUACCCAAACUAUAAUAACAAGAAGAAGCAAUCUAUAAAGGCCAGUUUUAGAUUUUAAAUAGAAAAAAACAUAUGAACCAGUUACCAUACCUAAGAAGUAGGAAAUUAUCGUUGAAACAGGAACUGAAAAGCAGUAAAAUAUUUGAUAUUGAAAUUAGUGAAAUUUUUGGAACUAACAUAAUUGAAUCAUAAUAUCCUAGAUAGACAACAAAUGAAAAAGUAUAAUCAACAACUUCAAGUUGGAAUCAGUCAAAAGGAAGAAAAACUGCUGACUAAAUCAUUUAAGACUAUGAAUCAAGAAAAAGCAAGAGAAAUUAUUGAAAAUAUUUGA